GAUAUCUGGACUGUGACUAGUCUCUUCAGCCAACGCUUUAGCUAACGUUAGUCAGUCGGUAACAGAAAAUGGAAGACGUUUUCUUACUGAAAGAGUCAGUUUUGUCUUUUCUAGACAGAAGUGGAGCUCUUCUUCAACUUGCCGAAGACUGCAAACCAUUCAACGACAUCCAGCGAAAUGAGGCUGUGUAUCGGUUCUGUAUCCGUGUGAACCCUUCAGACCUAAUCGAACUGGAUCCUAGAUUGGGUGACUGUGUUCUCAAUGACCCCCUCAAAGCUACAGCACUGUUUCAAUCUGUUUGUUUUCUGUCAAUAAAGACACUCUCCCUCAUAGAGAAAAUCCACACAGAAAGUCAGGUGAAUGUGAUCCUGAAGUUUACACACCUACCUCCGUUCCCUGAGUACACCUUGGACCUCUGUGACUUUCCCUGUGGUUAUGGCCCCAUGAGGCCUGUUGCCAUGGAGGGCUUGGCCAUCGCAAUGACUAGGGUCUCCAAGUACACUCAGGGAGCCAGGUUUCUCUGUUCUGAGGAGGACUGUCCCUGCUCAACAGGGUUCCAUCACAUCAGAGUGCAUGCACCCGGAGCCACUGAGUCAGCCACAGUGAGGAGUGACUUCAGCUGCCUGCUCUGCUCCUCUCACCUCAAAGAGGACAUCAAGUUCCGGGUCCUGGGGGACAAGCAGCUUGUAGAGCUGAUCCAUGUUAAAGCACUGGAUGUCCUGAAAGUCCAUCCUCCCAGUGCCCUCAGGUACCAGUCUGUCACCCUGUUUCUCAGAGAUGAGCUGUGUAACUCCAUGAGGAUUGGACGUCUGUACAGGGUGCUGGGCAUACCGGCCCAUGUCCACCAGUGGCCCAACGUCACCUGGAGUGUGGAGGCCAAUAGCGUUCAACCGUGGGAGCCUGAAUGUAAGGACCUCAUCAGCUCUAACUUCCAGGCCCUGUUGACGGCAACAGCCUGUUCCCCCUGGAGGUUCUCUGCCAUUGUGGCUAACACGUUUGGCUCCCCUGUGGUUCCCCCGGGCUUGUACAGCACUCUGAAGCUGGGCCUGCUGCUCAGCCUGGUCCAGGGCCGGGAGGACAACCCAGACUCACUGCACUGCCUGGACCUGCUAGCCCUGACUACUGACACACUCAUACUGGACAGGCUGAUGAUGUACAGCCUGGGUCUGGCUGGCCGUGGGGUGAGACACCCUGCGACAGGGGAGAUGUUUGCCUCUCUUUCUCGUGAUGAACACGGAGCGGGCACGGCUAACAUCCACGCUGGCUCCGCCCUGCUGGCCACUGGGGGCGUCUGCAUGCUCGGGGACCUGGGCCACCACAGGAAGGAUAAGAUGGACGCCCUUCAGUCAGCUCUGGAGAGUCGGACAGUGUCUGUGAUCAUCCCAGGGAAGAAGUAUGGAGAGGAUGCUGACCAGCAGAUCUCCUUCCCUGUCCAGUGCAGCUUCUGGGCCUUGGCAGACUCCACAGCUCCCUCAAACAAGACCACCAGGACUGACAGUACAGUGCUGGGAACAGUGGACAUGGGCCCGGUCCCUGCCCAGUUGGCUGAGGCCUUUGGUCUGGUGAUCCUGUGUCGGGAGGCAGGGGGAAAGCAGGCUCUGCUAGCCCAGACGGUGCACACCCUCAGGCAGGCAGUGCAGCCCGGAGAGCCCCUCUACCCAUCCUGCAUGCAGUUCACCACACAGGACUAUCAGGAGCUUCUGGCCCACACCCAGAGGAUCCAGACAGAGCUGAGCCCUGGGGCAGAGAUGAUGAUACAUGGCUAUUACAUGGCCAGCAGAAGGGUCCGCUCAGACUCGGGCCAUGGUGCAAAGGUGUCUGUGGCCUCCAUCAAGCUACUGAUCUCCCUGGCCGAGGCCCACAGUAAGCUGUGUCUGAGAAGCACAGUGCUGGAGGAGGAUGCAGUGAUCGCUGUGUUGCUGUGUGAAAACUCCAUCACUCUCAGACACGGAGCCUCAGCGCUCGUUAUCCCACCCGACGCAGCAUUUCCCUGUGACCUGUGUGACCUGGAAGCUCUCCACAGGAGAGACCUUAUCCUGGAGCAGCUCCAACAGAGCAUCCUGCACUUUGUCUACGCCUACGCACCCGGUGCCGCCAGCUACAUCACCGAGGAGGAAUAGGACCACAGCUAAGUAAAAGGAUGCUUCUAUUUUUACAUAUCCAAUUGAAUUCCAAUGGUGAAAUGAGCUACUCAGAAGAAUAUAAAACAUAACGUGUUGAUUCCAGAAAUGUUCCAUACGCACAAAAAGCUUCACAUUGAGCAUUUCUCCUCUGCCAAGAUAAUCCUGACAGGUGUGGCAUAUCAAGUAGCAUGAUUACAGGUGCACCUUGUGCUGGGAUCAUUUUAAAUAAUGUAGCUGUCACAACAUAAUGUCACAUAUCUCAGGUUGAGGGAGAGUGGAAUUGGCAUGCUUUGCUGACUGCAGGAAUGUCCACCAGAGUAUUGAAUGAGAAUUUGGCAGUUCAUCCGACUGGCCUCACCUGCGAUAAGCCACCCAGACAGCUGAAAACUAAUUCUGACUGGGUGGGCCUAUUCCCCCCCCAGGCCACGCACCUGCACAGUCAAGUGAAAU